UUUAUAGAACCACCAAACAACUAAAAGAUAUACAUCCUACUCCUCAAGCACCACUAGUGUGGUGCCUCAACCACCUCCCAGUUCCACCCAGAACUGCCACAAAUGGUCAUCCCAAUGGCCUUCACUGCCUCCCAAACCCACCUUUCUUUUUUGUCUUUUUUCACUCUGAUCCUUCUUGUUCAUGCAAGACUCAACCUUUACUCACCUGAUCACAAUGCUCUUUUGCUUAUCCAAAAAGGCUUAGGCAUACCUGCUCAACGCAAUGCUCUUGAGAACCCAUGCAACUCUGUUACAAUAUCAUGCGAACGACGACUCACAAACAAUUCAUACGUGCUAAGAGUCACAAGGGUCGUCCUCAAAUCCUAUGGGCUAAAGGGCACUCUGUCUCCUUCCAUUGGCAGGCUUUCUGAGCUCAAAGAACUGUCCCUCCAAAACAAUGAACUCUUUGACAUAAUACCAACUCAAAUUGUCAGCUGCCGGAAAUUGGAAAUCUUGAACCUUCAAGACAACCAAUUUUCUGGCAAAGUCCCGUCUGAAUUAUCAUCUCUAGUCCGCCUUAGAAUCCUUGACCUUGGCUCUAAUGAGUUAUCUGGGAACCUGAACUUCUUGAAAUACUUUCCCAACCUUGAAAAACUCUCCCUUGCUGAUAACAUGUUCACUGGCAAAAUACCUCAAUCCUUGAAAUCUUUCAGAAAUCUCCGGCUCCUCAAUAUUUCAGGGAAUAGUUUCCUUGAAGGGCCGGUGCCUGUCGUGAGUCAAGUUGAACACCUAUCAGCAAACUUAAACCGAAAAGAUUAUGUUCCUAAGCGUUACAUACUUGCUGAGAACUCAAGAAGGUCAAGACCUGCAAUGGCACCACAGCCCAGUCCAGGAAAUGCCCAAGCUCCAGCACCUAGUGGAGCGGUACCAGAGCACAAACAUAACAAGACCAGAAGAAAGGUAAACGCCUGGAUUCUUGGAUUCUUCGCUGGAGCUUUCGCUGGGGGCUUAUCUGCGCUGGUCUUUUGCAUGCUCUUCAAGGUGCUUAUGUUUAUCAUCCGAGGGAGCACAAAUGAUUCAAGUUUAACAAUUUUCAGUCCAUUGAUUAAGAAAGCCGAGGACUUGGCUUUUUUGGAGAAUGAAGACGGAAUGGCAUCACUAGAACUCAUUGGGAAAGGUGGUUGUGGAGAAGUUUAUAAAGCUGAGUUACCUGGAAGUAAUGGAAAGAUUAUUGCUGUAAAGAAGAUCAUACAACCCCCAAGGGAUGCUGCAGAACUCACUGAAGAAGAUAGCAAAGCUAUGAAUAAGAAAAUGCGCCAGAUAAAAUCAGAAAUCAAAAUUGUAGGUCAAAUCAGACACCGGAAUUUGCUUCCCCUACUGGCACAUAUGCCAAGACCAGACUGUCAUUACUUGGUCUAUGAGUACAUGAAAAAUGGGAGCUUACAGGAUACCCUCCAGCAAGUCAGAGAGGGGACACGGGAACUAGAUUGGUCGGCACGUCACCGAAUUGCAGUCGGAAUAGCUGCUGGACUCGAGUAUCUCCAUAUAAAUCACACUCAGCGUAUAAUUCACAGAGAUCUAAAGCCAGGAAACGUCCUCCUUGAUGAUGACAUGGAAGCUCGAAUUGCGGAUUUUGGCCUUGCUAAGGCUGUCCCAGAUGCUCAUACACAUAUUACAACUUCAAAUGUGGCAGGAACUAUAGGAUACAUUGCGCCAGAAUAUCAUCAGACACUAAAGUUCACAGAUAAGUGUGAUAUAUACAGCUUCGGGGUGUUGCUUGGCGUGCUAGUUAUGGGAAAGCUUCCAUCAGAUGAGUUCUUCCAGACCACUCCUGAGAUGAGUUUAGUGAAAUGGAUGAGAAAUGUCAUGACUUCUGAGGAUCCAAAUAGAGCAAUCGAUCCAAAGCUGGUGGGUAACCGAAACGAGGAGCAAAUGCUUUUGGUUCUCAAAAUUGCCUGCUUUUGUACCCAGGAGAAUCCAAAGGAAAGGCCUAACAGUAAGGAUGUUAGGUGCAUGUUGAUGCAGAUUAAGCAAAGUUGGCCAUUAAACUAAGAGAGUAUCCUUGUAUAAGACUGUCCUUGUGUAUUCUGUUACAUCUCCACUAUGAGAGACUGUCCUUGUGUAUUCUGUUACAUCUCCACUAUGAGAGACUGUCCUUCUGUAUUCUGUUACAUCUCCAAUAUGAGUGACUGUCCUUGUGUAUUUUGUUACAAAUCCAAUAUAAGAAGUUUAUAUUUAAUUGUA